UUCUCGCGUUAUUUGGACACAGCUGACCGCUUGAAGAAAUAAACCAGGCUAGGCUAACAGGACAGAUAGUUAGCAGCAGCACGGAGAACAGGAACACAGUCGGGCUUCAGCUCAGUGGGGAGGGGGGGGAACAGCGGAGACCGGACAGGAGCGACUCUUUCCCUUCCAGCAAUGCGGACACUGAGUGUCUCCUCCAGCUAACGUCAACGGCGUCCCAACGGGCAGGGACUGCUCCGAGGCGACGGGAGAUAAAAGGCGACAUCAAAAAAGGGGAAGGGUUAGCUCUGUUUCAAUGUUAUUGUCAAUUCAGAACCACAUAUGGUCACAAUGUCCUGCACUGGCAACCUCGUUUGGGAUGUAAACAAACGCCUAAUUGGAUACAGCGAGCCUAACGCCAUCAGGACCAACUAUUUAGGUAGAAGAGAAUUUGUCCAGAGGCUUAAACUCGAAGCAACACUGAACGUACACGAUGGCUGCGUCAACACUAUAUCGUGGAACGACACGGGCGAAUACAUCCUGUCAGGGUCGGACGAUACCUUCCUGGUCAUCACCAACCCUUACAACAAAAAGGUCAAGAAGUCAAUACGUUCAGGUCAUCGGGCAAACAUCUUCAGUGCAAAGUUCAUGCCCCACACCAACGAUCAGGAAAUUAUCUCCUGCUCUGGAGACGGCAUCAUCUACUACACCCACACUGAGAAGAGUCCCGAGUACAACAGACAGUGUCAGUUCACCUGCCAUUAUGGAACCGCUUAUGAGAUUAUGACGGUACCGAACGACCCCUACACGUUCCUGUCCUGCGGGGAGGACGGCACGGUGCGAUGGUUCGACCUUCGCAUGAAAACUAGCUGCACUAAAGAAGACUGCAAAGAUGACAUCCUGAUAAACUGCAGAAGAGCAGCGACCUCCAUAUCAAUUUCUCCGCUGGUGCCGUACUACCUGGCCGUGGGCUGCUCCGACAGCUCAGUACGAAUCUACGACAGACGCAUGCUGGGUACAAGAGCGACGGGUAAUUACAUGGGCCGGGGAACCACGGGCAUGUGUGUUCGGUUUGUUCCCGCUCACCUGGCCAACAAGUCGUGCAGAGUGACCUCUCUCUGCUACAGCGAGGACGGUCAGGAGGUGCUGGUCAGCUACUCCUCCGAUUACAUUUACCUGUUCAAUCCCAAAGAUGACCAGGCUCGAGAGCUCAAGGGCCCGUCGGAGGAGAGGAGAGAGGAGCUGAGGCAGCCUCCAGUGAAGCGCCUCCGUCUACGAGGUGACUGGUCUGACACUGGACCCCGAGCUCGCCCUGAGAGCGAGAGGGAGAGAGAUGGGGAGCAGAGUCCGAACGUGUCUCUGAUGCAGAGGAUGUCGGACAUGCUGUCCCGGUGGUUUGAGGAGGCCAGUGAAGCCCAGAGUAGCAGAGGAACCCGACCUCAAACGCGGCCCCGAGGUACAGCUCUUCGUCCCGAGGGGACGUUGAAUGCUCCAGCUGCCACAACAGGCGACUCUAGUCAGGAGUCCAGCGCCCCCGAGAGGCCUGUGGGGACGGACUCCCCAGAGGUACCUGCCAGUCCCGCAGCGGCCACCACUGCGCCCAUGCCUAAAUCCACCUCCUCUUCCUCCUCAGGGUCAUCAUCAACAGUCACAGCACCUCCUCCUUCCAGCUCAUCAUCAGUGGAGACCUCGGCCACUUCUUCCUCCCCUCUCACGUCGUCCCCCGACUCAGAGCAGCGGAGUCAGGGUGACACAACUGGGACCCCGACGGCCACGCCCACCUCUGAGCCCGCACUCUCAGAGUAUGGUCCUCAUCGGCUGCCCAUAAGUUUAGUGUGUAGGCGUUUGCAGAGGUUGCUCCGGCUGGCUGACCCACCUGGACGGGGUCGGCGAGCGGCCCCUUCUCCUUCUCCUUCUUCUUCUUCACCUUCUUCUUCCUCUGCAGCCCCUGAGAGACAGUCGCAAAGAGCUGCUACCUCUGCCGCUGCUGCUCCUGAGAACCAACCCUGUACAGAUUCCCCCUCGUCUGUGGUAAACAAACAGCUGGGAUCCAUGACUCUUGAUGAACAGCAGGUAGCAGCCGAAGCUACAGCUUCACCUGCUGAUGAAUCUGCUGCUGCACCAGCCAGCAGCAUCCCAUCCAUCUCCACCUCCACUUCCACCAGUCGACCCAGUGCAGCAGAGCCUGUCCUCAGCCUGCACUACAGCUCAGAGGGAACCACCACCAGCACUAUCAAACUGGACUUCACUGAUGAGUGGAGCAGCAGCACGUCCAGUUCGAUGGGCAGUGGAGGCCCCAAAACAUCAGAAGCUGCAGCUGUACAGAGCAGAGAGAGUCUGUCGACAGAGAGCUCGGUAUCAGAGCAGGAACCAGCAUGUGAUGCCUCCUGCUCCAGUGCCCCCAGCAGCUCAGCAGCUCAGGUACCAGCAGAGGGCUCCUCUGAGGGAGACAGCAUGGCGUCUUCGCCGCAGGAGAGGAGUCAGCCGGAAGGUACAGAGGACAGGUCAGGGGGCUGUCGGCGAGCAGAGCCCUCUACAGAGGAGGGGCAGGAGGGCGUGGAGGGCCAGAGUCAGCCCGCACGCGGCAACCAGGACUCUGAUGACAGUGAUGAUGAUCCUAUUCUUAUCCCCCCCUCAAGGUUCAGAGGACAGGGGCAGAGAUUUAAUUCCAGAGGAUCUGCAGUAGGAGAUAGGAUGAUCAGACAAUCAGCAGCAGCUCGUAUUCAGGAGCUGUUCCGCAGGAGGAAAGAAAGGAGGGAGAUGGAGGAGAGCGAGACUCAGAAUAUCAGGAGACCUUCAGUCAAAAUGGUCUACAAAGGCCACCGCAACUCCAGGACAAUGAUAAAGGAGUCGUGUUUCUGGGGCAACAACUUUGUGAUGAGUGGUUCAGACUGCGGCCACAUCUUCAUUUGGGACAGACACACCGCAGAGCACCUCAUGCUACUUGAAGCCGACAACCACGUGGUCAACUGCCUGCAGCCGCACCCUUACGACCCCAUUCUGGCUUCUUCAGGGAUAGAUUAUGAUAUCAAGAUUUGGUCGCCACUGGAAGCAUCGCCGUCUUUCAACAGAGUCCUCGCUGAGGAGGUCAUCACUCGGAAUGAGCUGAUGUUGGAGGAAACGAGAAACACGAUCACAGUCCCGGCCUCUUUCAUGCUUCGAAUGUUGGCCUCCCUCAAUCACAUCAGAUCAGAUCGAGUAGAAGGCGAUCGCUCCGAAGGAUCAGGCCAGGAAAACGAGGACGAGCAGUAGCCAGCUGGAAUUUUAUUUUAAAAUAAACACUAUUUCUUCUUGCUGUAUAGCACUUGAAAAAUACCCGAGAUUUGUACAAGUAUAGUGUAGAAAAACUUCCUUUUGAAAAUUAGUGUAAUUUCUAGCCCCUUGUGUUUUUUAAGAAGACUUUCUUACUGAUGUGUCUGUAUGAGGAUAAACUAUAUUUGUGUGAAUGUAAAGGCAAGGACGUCAAAAUAUAAGUGUGAGGAAAAGUGGUGGCUGGUGUGAAAGUUUAAGUGCAAUAUUAUUUUGUUAGGAGAAGGUGAGCUUUGAUCAGUGUUAACGUUUGACGUUUUUGAAACUGUAGCACAGCUGAGAAAUGUUGAUGUGCUGCUCCGGCAGUUACGCAUGUGAAUACAGACAUAAAGUAAAACACGGAUGCUUUAA